AUGCCAACUAAGGAAAUCUUGAGUGGGAAGCGGGAUUGCGACGUAAAGGAGACGGUGAACCUCACCGAAAAUUUUAGUGCUAUUAUUCUUAACCAAAUGCCACCCAAACUCAAAGACCCGGGUAGUUUUUCUAUCCCUUGUGCUAUUAAGAAGCUUGAAAUAAGCAAUACCUUGUGUGAUUUGGGUGCUAGUGUUAGUCUAAUGCCUUAUUCGGUGUUCGCCAAGCUUCAAGUUGGUGAUCUUGUCCCAACCAACAUUGCAUUGCAACUUGCCGACCGUUCGGUCAAAUACCCUAUUGGCAAGAUUGAGGAUGUACCCUUGAGAGUUGGUGGAUUUGUGAUCCCCGUCAAUUUUGUGGUCCUAGACAUAGAUGAGGACGUGCAUGUCCCUAUUAUUCUUGGUCGCCCAUUUUUGGCCACGACGGGGGCCAUUAUUGAUGUCAAGCAAGGGAAAAUCACUUUGAAAGUUGGGAAGGAUAGUUUGUUUUUUGACUUGAAUAAGGCCAUGAGUUACCCUAGUGUUAGGUUAUGA